GCAUGGUAGUAGGUUAUGUUAUCGUCCCACGGAGGAUCAUCAACAAAUCGAGUAAUUAAUUUGUUUGUAGCGUGAUUCCAUUUCUUUAUUAUAAAAACUUAGAAAGUCAUCCGAAUGACUAUUGACACGUAGAAUCUAAUAUUUAUGGUUUUCACUUAUACUUUGAAAGAUUUUAGACUAGUAAAAUGGAUAUAUUGAAAGGUUACGGUAGUGAUGACAACAGUGAUAGUGGAGUCAACAAUGAUGAUACUUCCAAUGACGCACCUGCUCCAAUUCCAAUACAGUUGCCAUCUACUUUGUCUAUGCAAAUAUGUGCAGCUCCAGAAGUUGUACCAUCUGGAGCAGAAUUAUGCAUACAACACAUAGAUUCUACCACAAAAGAAUUAUCAUUCAACCCAAAGUUCGAGGAACUUUUUGCUCCUGAAGUUGGUCCUGAAAAUCCAUUCAAGACCCAGCAAGAAAGAGCUCCCAAAAACAUGUUAUCCGGCUAUGUUGAAAAGGCUCAUAUUAGCGAGUUCCAGUUUGAAAACCAAAGAAGAACAUUUACAAGUUUUGGUUACGCAUUAGAUCCCACAGUAGAUGGAAGUGCAGAAGAAGGAAAAUUAUUAGUUGGAGCUGUUGAAACUGCUGAAGAAAAGGGUGCUAAGACCGUCUUUGAACACACUCCUGUUCGACCUUUAGAUAAAAGAAAAAGAAAGAAAAAUGACAAUCCUGAAGAUAUAACAGGAUUUUUAGGUCCUUGGGGUGGCUUUAUUGAUGAAAAACGUAUCAUUAAACCAACUGAAGAGGAGGCAGCAGAAUUGGAAGAAAUUUUGGCCAAGAGAAAUAAGAGAGGAAAGCAAAUAGAUGAUAAACCAAUUGAAGAGAAGACAGUCUUGCAUAUUAAAGACAGUGUUGAUUACCAAGGAAGGUCAUUCUUACAUGCACCACAAGAUGUUGGUGUUAAUUUGAGAUCUGAUACUCCUCCCGACAGAUGUUUCCUUCCAAAAGCACAUAUACAUACAUGGGAGGGUCAUACAAAAGGAAUUUCACAAAUCAGAUGGUUUCCAGUUACUGCUCAUCUUUUGUUGUCGUGUAGUAUGGAUCAUAGAGUAAAGCUUUGGGAAGUUUACAAGGACAGGAGGUGUGUUAGGACAUAUUAUGGCCAUCGACAAGCUGUGCGAGAUAUCAGUUUCGAUAAUGACGGGAAAAGAUUUCUAUCUGCUGCUUAUGACCGAUAUGUCAAAUUAUGGGAUACUGAAACUGGACAAUGUCUGAGUCGAUUUACGAGUCGCAAAGUACCCUAUUGUGCUAAAUUCAACCCAGAUCCAGACAAGCAACAUCUCUUUGUCGCUGGUACAAGUGAUAAAAAAAUUAUUUGUUGGGAUAUCAGGAGUGGAGAAAUUAUACAAGAGUAUGAUAGACAUUUAGGUGCUGUCAAUACAAUCACUUUUGUUGACGAAAAUCGAAGAUUUGUCACAACAUCUGAUGACAAAAGUUUACGAGUUUGGGAAUGGGACAUACCUGUUGACAUGAAAUACAUAGCUGAUCCAACAAUGCACUCGAUGCCUGCUGUAACUCUCUCACCCAAUCAAAAGUGGCUUGCUUGUCAAAGUAUGGAUAACAAAGUUGUUAUAUUCUCAGCAUUGAAUAGGUUUAAAAUGAACAGAAAGAAGACAUUCAGUGGACAUUUGGUUGCUGGGUAUGCAUGUGGUUUGGACUUUUCACCUGACAUGAGUUACUUGGUCUCUGGUGACGCAGAUGGUAAAUGUUUUAUUUGGGAUUGGAAAACGACAAAGCUUUUCAAAAAAUGGAAAGCACAUGAUGGCGUUUGCAUUAGCGCGUUAUGGCAUCCACACGAACCAUCUAGAUUGGCUACUGCUGGGUGGGAUGGCAAAAUUAAAUAUUUUGAUUAAGGUACUGUGUAUAUAGCAAUAAUAAAAGUAUUUUUAUUUAUGUAAAAAA